CUGAACGAUUCCGCAAAUCACAGAUCUUUUGCUUAGGAGGGUGACGAUAAAUAAAAUUAUUUGAUCAUGCGUUCGUUUACUUUCCUUUCGAAGGGUCUUCGCGGUCUUCAGGGCGUAUCUAUCCCUCGCUCGUCCUCGAGAUCUCUCUCCUCGAACCUGAUCCGUCAUCGUCCUUCACAUCCAACACUACCAUCCAUUCACUCUCGACUCUCCACCUCAACAUACCUCCUCACUUCAACCCGCCACAACUCCUCCUCCAACCCCCCCAACAAAACCAACAACGACACAGCACCACCCCUAACAACCAGCACCAGCACCCCCGAAACCACCGCCCAAAACGCCGCCGCGAACCGUCUCCGCCGAGAACAAGAACCCGCAUACCAAAUCACCUUCACGUGCAAGCCGUGCGGACAUCGCUCCUCGCACCGUAUCUCGAAACACGGCUAUCAUCGCGGCACGGUGUUGAUCAAGUGUCCGUCGUGCGAGAAUCGGCAUGUCAUUAGUGAUCAUUUGAAGAUUUUCUUUGAUGAGAAGAGUACGUUGGAGGAUAUUUUGAAGAAGCAGGGUGGGAAGGUCGUGAGGGGGUAUGUGGAUGGGGAUAUGGAGUUUUGGGAGGAUGGGAGUGUUAAGGCUGCUGGGGGAGAGGGGGAAAAGGAUGAGUGAGUGGGGGUGGAUGGGGUGGUUUUGAUGAUAGAUGGAAAAUGUGAGCGUUAGAGGCGUUAUGGUGGUGUUUGGAUAUCUAUUUUGGAAGAAGAAAUCUGGAGGAAGGAAAGUAUAUACACUUUGCUCCAACAUACACUGUACUUUUAUAAAAGAAAAUAUCUGUACGAUACUCAAAUGGAAUCAUCUC